GUGACCGGGGCGGGUCAGGCGCGCACCUCCAGUCGGCCAGUCUUCCGUCGACGCAGCCACAAUGUGGAAGCUUGUCGUGCUCCUUGUAGCCGUCGGCUCUGUCCGGUGGCAGAGUGGACAGGCAGCCUCCUAUCCGCCGCCGGGUGCACCCAAAGGCAGCGACCCCGGCGGCCCAGCCCCUUACAACAAACCUCUUGGAGAAAUCUCCGACAGCCAGUCUCGUGACGGAGGGCAAUAUGACGGCAGUUCCUACAGCAGCAGCAGCAGCAGCAGCAGCAGCAGCAGUGCUGGAUCGCAGCUUUCUUUUCUCUCGCCCGAUAAAGUGUUCGCCAUCCGGCGCCUGAGUGAGUCCAUCCGACUUCACACCGAUGCGGCGGCGGCUCCGUUCUAUCCGGAUUUCCAGCCUGGCGUUCCGGCGCCGCCCCACCCCGGCCCCGGCUGGAUCUGGCCAGCCGGGCCGCAGUAUUGGGGGGCUAGCGGCACGCGCUACAAUGGAAACGCGGGCACCAGCUACCCUGGAAACGGUGGUACUUACUACAGUGGAAACGGAGACACCCGCUACUCAGGAGCCAGCGGCACGCGCCACACUGCAAACGGCGGCACCACCUAUUCUGGCAACGUCGCCCCAUACUACCCUGGACCGUACCAGCCUGCAGGUGCGGUGAGCGGCCCCAGAAACAGCCGGGCUCCGGGAGCGGCUGGUGCUGACUCCGCCGGAGACGAGGGUGCUGAAGAGCCGCGCGUUGGGACGGUGACCGCGGCCUGAGCGGUGAUGAGAGCUGUCCGGUGGCCCGAGGCUGAGAGAAAACGAUGACCGUCGACCGGGCUUUGAGAGGGGGACUGUCACUGUAGCCUGCCUGUGGCUAGGUGGACAAAGUUACUGAGAUACGGAGAUGGCGGGGGAAUCGGGAGAUGGCCUCUUGCACCAAGUUACCUAGCUAGGUGAAACCGAAAAUUGGAAAAACUAUUUCAUAAUUAGCCAGCCUACGGUGGAAAAUUAUUUUACGCCAGCUCAUAACGUAAACCUAUAGGGCUAGGCGCUUGGCAGAAUUUAUCGAUAAAUUGUCGCGGUAGAGUCUUUGAGUCCAAAGAUCGGUGGAGGACUUUGGUGCAGGAGGCUGGUACGGUUGUUUAGCGAUUAUUGUUUACCCAUCUAUAACCUCAAAGAAUAAAGUGUAUUGCAUGGCAAAGAAAGGUAA